AUGGCCUACGCGACUCUCGAGCCGCCUCGCCAGCUACGCGCGCCGACGACGAUGUCCUGGACCUCCGAAGUCUCCGAGCCACCACCUUAUUCACGCCCACCGCCGCCACCCGCUGUAUGGUCGAGCCCCCGGAGAUCAACCGCAAACCUGUCGAUCCCCCACUUAAGGGAAGCGAUUCACAGCUUAGAGUCCAAGAUGGCGAAGCUGCUCGACGAGCGGGAUCUUCUGGAGUCGCGUUUGGAACAGGCGGUCCGUAUGCAGUCUCCCGUCCAGCGCGUUCCCCACGAUCUCCUCGCCUCCAUUUUCUCCAUUGCGGUGGUCGACGGUGACGACGAAGAUUCCAUCACGCUUUCCAACCUCAUGCUCGUAUGCCGGUAUUGGCGGGAUGUGGCGAUCGACUCCCCUAUGCUCUGGACCCGCGUCCUGAUGGGCACGCACCAGUCCACGGAUAGGGCCAUCCUGAAGCUCGACCGGUCACGAACAGCCCCUCUGUACGUCUGUCUCGACUUCAGUCCGCGUAUGGAGCAUGGGACCGUGUCCACGGAGAGCAUCGUUACGGCAAUCGACCUCGUACGACCCGCGAUUUGGAGGUGGAAGGCGUUCCAUCUCAUCGUUCCAAGCCGCCCCCAAGCCCACGCUGCGCUCAGCAGAUGCAAGGAUCAAGCGCCGCAACUCGAAGUCCUCUCUAUCCGCGUCGCUCACUCCAUGCAGGAAGACCACUACUCCAAACCGCCCCUCCCCAUAUUUGAGCGCGCGACUCCACGGCUACGGGCAUCCUCCUUUACCUCCUUCAACUUCGGGUGGGACAUCGCGCUGCUGAGCAACCUGCGCGUGCUCAAGCUAGGCGGAUAUUGGAACGGCUUCUCGCCCUCUGUUGAUGUCGUCUUGCAAACCUUGCGCGCAUGUCCGCAUCUGGAAGAGUUCGUCCUGCGGAAUAUGUCCGAUGUGGACCCGGACGGUUGUGAUUCUCAUGCGCACGAGGCCCCGGAUCAGGACGACUACGCUCUUGCUCGCGUAUCGGAUACCCGCCAGAUCCACCUCCCGAAGCUCCGCAAGGCCUCGUUCUACUAUUCCGGCAAUGUGCGCACGCGCAUCGUUCUCGGUCUGCUCUCGUUCCCCGCACUAGAGCACGUCGAACUGUGCUACCUAGACAACGUGUCCCCCAUGCUCGAGGCGCUUCGCAGGCAGUCUCUCACCAUCCUCUCACUCAAGCAUCUCCGGAUUGAGUCUUGCUACUUUAGCGAGCUCAAAUUUGCCCGGCUUCUCGCGCGACUCCCGGCGUUGACCUCCCUUGAGCUCGUGGACGUUGAAGACGUCACGUCCAACCUCAUGCGGAACCUUGCCACGCCGCCCGUGUCGCAAAUGUGGGUCUGCCCGAAGUUGACGGUCCUCUCAGUCGAAGGCUGCACCUCCCUCGACUGGGAAACCCUCCGCGCGAUAGUCGAGUCCCGCCUGCCCCCACACGCCCGAGCCGCAAGCGCGCCCGCGCACCGCGCCGCGAUGUCCGCCUCCUCCGCUUCCUCCGCCACCUCGUCCGCGUCCUCGUUCGCCGAGACGGCCCGCAUCCUCUCGCGGCAGCCGUCCGUGCCGGCGCUUUCGUCGGCGUCGCUCGUGUACGGGCGCCCGGUGCGCCUCGCCUCCGUCGACCUUACCCGCUGCCACCAAGUGAGCAAAGAGAUGGUGCAGUGGCUGCGGAUGUACGUUGCCGACGUGAAGUGCGAGACAGUCAAGAGCGUCUGGGGCGAGCCGUCCCUGCCAUGA